CGCAGCACCCACGAGAACUUCACCUUCCUUCCACAACCAUUCUUGGGUUUCUGUUUUCGCAGCAUAAGCUGAGAGAAUUAAUAAAAAAUUACCAAUUCAAUGCAGAGAGACAAAAUGGAAGUGCAUAUGGAAAAUUCAUGUUUGGAAGGUGAUAGCAAUGUAUUGGUCUUGCCUGCAAAGAAACGGAGCAAAAGGAAAAGCAUGAAUCAGAAGAAUGAAGCGGUCGAAAGAAAGAACAACCCCAAGUUAAGCAAAUCUCAGGAAAGAAAGUUGAUGAAAUUGGAGCAGGAGAAAGAGAAAGCAUUUUUACUAGCACAUAGCAUUGAGACCUUGGAGAAAUACAAAAUACCAGAGGAUGCUUUUUCACUUCUGCGAUCAUCAAGGAAUAUAAGUCGAGUUGAAACUGUGAAAGAAAAACGCAGGAUGGCAGUACAAUUUUCCAAGGCAGGUCUCGAAGUUUCACAUAGUGAUCAAUUUUUCAAAACUUGUUUUGAUGGUGCUUCAUACGAGACUGAAGAUGAGUCAAAAAGCAUCAGUGAGCAUAGGAAUGACCAUGUGCAGCCAAUGGUAACAGAAACAGAAGUUGAUGCAUCUCAUUCAUUGGUUAUCUCUCAAGAGUUAGGUAGUUGCAAGCAACUAAACUUAAAAAGUGGAUCUGUUUCUGGCUUCUCAACUGAAGAAGCUCCUGGUCAGGAUAACUAUAAGCAUGUUCGGGAAGACUCUAUGGAUUUUUCACCAGCAUCAUGUCCUCAUGAUAGCACGAAAGCCUCCGACUUAAUGGGCAAGUCAGAUGAGAGCUCAAUCGUAGGUUUGGGUGGGAGCAAUGUCCUGAGAUGUUAUCCUCAAAGUCAUUUUACGCCUCCAACUGUGGUGCAUGUUGUAAGGCCAAAUGAGGUAGAAGAGAAAAGGAAGGAUCUUCCAAUUGUUAUGAUGGAACAAGAGAUAAUGGAAGCUAUCAAUGGGCACUCCACUGUUAUUAUCUGUGGAGAAACAGGGUGUGGAAAAACUACUCAAGUUCCUCAGUUCCUUUAUGAAGCAGGCUUUGGUUCUAACCAGUCUGUUGCCCGAGGUGGUAUUAUUGGAGUUACUCAACCACGUCGUGUUGCUGUCCUUGCCACAGCUAGGCGUGUGGCAUAUGAACUUGGUCUUCAUCUUGGUAAGGAGGUCGGCUUUCAAGUAAGGCAUGACAAGAGGAUUGGAGACAAUUGUACAAUCAAAUUUAUGACCGAUGGAAUUUUACUGCGAGAAGCUCAGAAUGAUUUUUUAUUGAAACGAUACUCUGUUAUAAUCCUUGAUGAGGCUCAUGAGAGAAGUGUGAACACUGAUAUACUCAUUGGAAUGCUUUGCCGUGCCAUUCCACUCCGGCAGAAAAUAUAUGAGGACCAGCAACAGAUGUUGCUUUCUGGCCAAAGCAUUAACCCUGAAAAUAUGGUAUUUCCACUCAAACUUGUUCUGAUGAGUGCUACCAUGCGAGUGGAAGAUUUUGUUUCUGGAAGAAGGUUAUUUCAUAAUCCUCCUGUUAUUGAAGUUCCCACCAGACAAUAUCCGGUAACUAUACAUUUUUCAAAGAGGACAGAAAUUGUGGAUUAUAUCGGCCAGGCCUAUAAAAAGGUUUUGUCAAUCCACAAGAGGUUGCCACAAGGAGGCAUACUUGUCUUUGUCACAGGGCAGAGAGAGGUGGAGUUCUUGUGCCAGAAAUUACGUAAAGCUUCAAAGAAACUGAUUGCUAAUACUGCUGAAGGAAAUAUAGGGUGUGAGGCCUCUACUACAUUUGAAAUGAAUUCUACUGAGGAAAUUAACAUGAAAGACAUCAAUGAGGCCUUUGAGAUUCAGGGUGACUCAAGUAACCAGCAAAGUGAGAGAUUUAGCUCCAAUGAGAAAGAGUUGCCAUAUUCUAAUGAGGAUGAAUCAGACGUCUCUUAUGAUUCAGAAACAGAGAGUGAACUAGAAAUUGUUGGUGAUGAUGGAAAUUCAGGGGACCAGAGCAUUGCAGAAAAUGAUGGUAACCUUUUAGGUGUUUUAGGUGAGGAGGGGAGUCUUACAUCGUUGAAGGCUGCUUUUGAAGCGUUGGCUGGAAAGACUGCAUCAGACCCUAAUUCUGAGGAAAAACAGAUUCCUUUUAUGCCAGAAGAACUCUUAGAGCAAUCAAACCACUUUGUAGUGAAAAAUAAUGGAGGAAAUAAAGGUGUCUCUCUUGGUGCUUUACGCGUUCUGCCUCUCUAUGCCAUGCUUCCAGCAGCUGCACAGCUUCAGGUAUUUGAAGGGGUCAAGGAAGGCGAGCGACUUGUUGUUGUUGCGACUAAUGUUGCUGAAACGUCUUUAACUAUCCCAGGCAUAAAGUAUGUUGUUGAUACUGGAAGGGAAAAGGUGAAGAACUAUAACCCCUCUAAUGGCAUGGAAACAUAUGAGAUACAGUGGAUAAGCAAGGCUUCGGCUGCUCAACGUGCAGGAAGAGCUGGGAGAACUGGGCCGGGUCACUGUUACCGCCUUUAUUCAUCAGCAGUUUUUAAUAACAUAUUUCCUGACUUCUCUUGUGCUGAAAUCUCUAAAGUGCCUGUUGACAGCAUUGUUCUUGUCCUGAAGUCCAUGAGUAUUAAUAAGGUUGCAAAUUUCCCAUUUCCAACUCCUCCAGAUUCCACUGCCUUGAUAGAAGCAGAGAAAUGCUUGAAGACUCUUGAAGCGCUGGAUGACAAUGGAAGAUUGACAGCCCUUGGGAAGGCCAUGGCUCAUUUUCCCAUGAGUCCUCGCCACUCUAGGAUGCUUCUUACUGUUAUCCAAAUCAUGAGGAAGGUGAAAAUUUAUGCUAGAGCGAAUCUGGUCCUGGGAUAUGCAGUUGCAGCUGCUGCAGCAUUGAGCAUGACUAAUCCUUUUCUGGUGGAGUUUGGAGGAAGUAAUGAUAAUAGCAGUGGCUUGGAGAAGGAUGGGACAUCUGACAGCCUAGGCAAUGAGAAAAACUUGGACAAGCGGGAAAAAUUAAGGAGAAAGAAACUUAAAGAAAAGGCUAAAUUAUCUCGUGUAAAAUUUUCUAACCCUACCAGUGAUGCUCUGACUAUUGCUUAUGCAUUGCAGUGUUUUGAACUUUGUAAUAACCCAGUUGAAUUUUGCUCUGAAAAUGCCCUACACCUUAAAACCAUGGAAGAAAUGUCCAAGCUAAGAAAGCAGCUUCUUCAACUAGUCUUUAAUCAAAAUGUUAAUCACGGCUAUGAUCAGGAGUUCUCGUGGAUGCAUGGAACUGUGGGGGAUGUGGAACAGGCUUGGAGGGUGUCCUUCAGUAAGAACCCUCUUUUACUCAAUGAGGAAGAACUCUUGGGACAAGCUAUCUGCGCUGGCUGGGCUGACAGAGUUGCCAAACGAGUCAGAGCAUAUUCAAAGUCAUCUGAAGGAGAUAGAAAAGUAAAUUCAGUUCGGUAUGAAGCCAGUGGUGUUAAAGAAAAUGUAUUCCUCCAUCGCUGGUCAUCUAUUGCAAAUUCAGCUCCCGAGUUUUUGGUGUACAGUGAAUUGCUGAAUACAAAACGACCAUAUAUUCAUGGAGCAACAAGUGUGAAAUCAGAAUGGCUUGUUAAAUAUGCAAGGUCUUUGUGCAGUGUUUCUACUGUUGAGGACCCCAAACCUUUUUACGACCCUCAAACUGACCAAACAUAUUGUUGGACUAGUCCAACUUUUACGCCUUGUCUGUGGCAGCUUCCACUGUACAGUGUGCCGGUUAGCAAUGAUGUAGAACGUGUGAGGGUAUUUGCUUAUGCUUUGCUUGAAGGCCAUGUUUUGCCCUGCUUUAGAUCUGUACGGAAGUUCAUGGCAGCCCGUCCUAGUAUCAUUUUGGACAGAGAAGCCGUAGGUGGAAGGCGAGUUGGGGACCUUUUAUUUAGGUUACAAAAUAAGUCGAUUGAUAGUUGUGCCAUGUUAAGCGAGGUAUGGAAGGAGAAUCCUGAUGAACUGCAUGCGGAAAUUUUACACUGGUUUAAGAAGAGCUUUCAUAAUAAUUUUGGAACACUUUGGUCACAAAUGCAUGUUGAAGUUCAAUUAGGGCCUUAUGAACGCUUUCCGAAGAAGGUGAAGAAGGACAAAGGGAACAAGCAUUUUGUUUAGGAGCUAGAAUGGAGAUUCUGGUGCAAAUUAAAUGCUUCAUUGGUUUUUACAAAUAGAAAAGAAGGAAUGUGGAGAAGUUGUAAACAUUGAGUGCCAGGGCAGAAUCUCUUUUAGCAAAGUCUGCUAAAUGUGUGGAGUUUUUGGAUUUGGUACGAAGUGAAUGUUUCCUUGCAUCAAAGGCAAAAGGCAAUCCUUGGAACCAUCUCACGAGGCUGGUAAGAAAUUGAAUUGGUACUACGUCUAAAUCUUGUGGAAUUUUUCUGCAAGUUAUCUCGCUACUUAAAAGGCAUGUUCUGUUGUGGAAUGAAACGAAUGAAAUCUGGAAUUGAAAUUCUAUAUUAUCAUUCAUAUAGCAUUUUGACUUCCAGUUGUGUCAUUUUCCACAGGGCCGUCUGCAAGCUUUUGCGGCUACCCACCUGAUAUGCUUUCCUUGUGUAGAUGAAUGGACAAUGUACAAUGUACAAUGCCAUGAUCACACACUUGGGGAGAGAAUCGCGCAAAAGCACUUACUGUUUGCAGAACAUAAUCAUGUUUGAAAUGAUAUCUUAUUUAUGCUUGUAUUAAUUCUCGGACAAAUGGCACUUCAUCAUUCUCAUCAUGAUUAAUGUUGUAGUGUUUCAUAUGCCAAAUGCAAUGAACAUGCUUCUCCCCUGGGUGUGUCCAAGC